CGUAUUUAUUUUAGGCCCCGCCAGCGCCCUGCUCAGUCGCCCAUUCCUCCUCCGACAGUGUGCCAGUGUUUGUGUAUUUCGAACUUUACCAGAAAAUAAAUAAGACAAAAUGUCCGCGUCCCCGAUUGCGAGGCAAGCGACGCACAGCCAGUCGAUCCCGACGAGGAGGGUACUCAUCUCGGACCCGGCGCAGAUGCCCGAUGUUUACUCCAGCACGCCUGGAGGCACCAUCUACUCCACUACCCCUGGAGGCACCAGGAUAGUCUACGAAAGGUCCUUCAUGUUGUCCCUGCGGCAGUCUCCCAUCUCCCAGACGCCGCCCAAAUGCUCGCUGCCCGCCGCCAUGCUGAAGAACCCCGGCGCGGGCAACGUCCCAGUGUUGCCAACACAGAGGGAAACCCGCUCGAAUUCCAUCUCGUUCGACGAGUCACAAGAAACCUUCAGCAUGGAUCUCUAGAAGCUUAUAUUAAGUUUCUAAACCUUUGAAGUUAUGGCUUUGAAACACGAUGGCAAUUUAUUUGAGGCAAAGAUACAAAUAUCGAGGAGUAUCUUUGAUUUUUGUCAUCUACCGUCGAAACUACUAUUGUGUCGUGUAGAAGAGGCAUAAGAGACUUCAUACUCUAAGCUGGCAACACAGUCACUGAAUUGUCAGGCACGGUAGAUAUCGUUUUCGCGCACAAAUAGACAACACGAACGUUAUGUUCAGUGUUUUGCUGAGAAUAUGAGGUCAUAGAUAAGUAAUUACUAUUUGCAGUUUAUGCUUUUGCAGCAGGCUUUAUGUCUUUCGAGAUGGAAAACGUUGUAUAAGCAUUUGUGAUUUCUGCAAAUAUUGCUUGCUGACAAAUUUUACAGGUUUCAAUAUUAGUUGUAAGAUUUUAAACAUAGUUUUUAAGCGUGACUGAACCGUUUGUAGUGCGUUCAAAACGCAACCCUUUGCCGUUUUGAAAUAUCACAAUAUUUUUUUAAUGGCAAAGGAGUUUUGUAAAUAGUAUCAGAUGGCGUAAGACGCAUAGAUUAGUAAUUCAUUAGUUUAUAGUAAAACAGCAAGUGCCAUUGAUAGAAGUUAAUUAGUUUGUAAUUUACUUCUGAAGUGGUGUUGCGGACAUUAGACUGCGUUCUCAAUAAUUGAACUUUAAAAUGCGAUGUGUAUUUAUUAAUUAGAUGGUUUAAAAAAAAUCGUAUCUUGUAAUUUUACUACUCGUAUUUUAAUAAAUUGAUAGGUAUUAUUAGUCGCUGGUUUUGAUACUUCAUCAGAGGUUGUCAUAAGACGCGAUCCCAGAAUAUUGAUCCCAGUUAAGCACUAUAUGAUGAGACGACAGCAAAGUAUUGUUGAUAUUGCUAUCGUGAGCAAUAAAAAGGGUCACAGUGAUGAGAUUUCAUACAAAGUGAACUUUUUAACUUUCUCGUGAGUUUAGAUUAGUUAAGACUUGAAUAUGACAAAUCUUGUUAAUUGUUGUUCCAAAGCAUUUAAUAACGCAUAUUGUAAAUAUAAUUCUGUUAAUGAAUUUGGCUGAUAUUUAUUUCUCCUCAGAGUGCUCAGCUUCUACUGAGAUAAUUUGAUAUUACAAUUUUCAUUGACUGCCAAUUUUUUAUAAUAAAGAUGAUAUUAUGAGUA